CCCAUACUCACACAUCUGUCUGCCUUCAUCUCAUCUGUGGUCAUUUCUGGGGCGAGCGUUCAGCCGAUGUACAGCUAUGCGAUUCUCUGGAAAGGCUUGUGCCAUUUUGUGGAUUAAUAUAGCACCUCCGACAGAAGCCUGAAUCCUGAAGAAAACGCAUCUCUUUGGGGGAAAAACGAGUCAGAAAAGGAAUAUCACGAAUGGACACACUGUUAGAAAAAUAACAUCACGUACGGACUUACUGUUUGAUUCAUGUAGCAAACGACAAACACUGGUGAUGGGGUCCAAAGAUAGACAUAUAUUUUGAUGACAAAAGCUAUCGUUCAUACCUGCAUUAUUAAGAGACUUCUAUAUUUAAUUGUUACACUGUUGUGAGGAGCCGACAGAAUGUUAUAUUGGAAAUAACUGUACCAAGGCAGUGUGAUAGAACCAGCUUUUGUGAUGAUGGACACGGUCAGUCUCUCAGAGAGAAAUAGAUAAGUGAGAACGCCGAUCAUGACCUAGAUAUCAGGGUGUUUGAUAAAUAACGAUGUAUGUGUCAAUUAUCACAUUUUGUUAUCCCCAAACGAUAGUAGUUCGUACAAAAGUGAUUCCAUUGAGUUUAAACAGGUAUGUGUGAACCAUGCGAACCAUGCGUCCUAGAAACGAUUAACUCUUAAUAACUUCCUAUUGACUUUCACGUCUAUACUAAGAUAUUGUGCCGUUUAUCGAUCCGCGUGUGAUAUGACUGACCAGUAGUAUUGGUCAAAUACAAAAUACUCGGACCGUUGACCGGUAUAUAUCUGUCGAGUACAUGAACACGGCUGUUUUCUGGGAGAUAAAUAGUUAUUGUUUUACGGAUACAUUUUAGGGUUUUCUGAAUGCUCUUUUUAUCCCCUUGGUCGAUGAUUCUCUCUGUAAACAGUGUUGGAGCUAGAGUGUCGUGUUCUCGGCAACUCGUGCAUACGAAAGUGUACUUAACUGUUAUAGACUUGGGAAAAUAGUAAACUGAGGUUUCAGUCCUAUAUCGGAACUCUGCUGUAAAACUUUUCAGGGAUUGAUGUGCCGUAUGUAUACUACCGGCCGGACUCUUACAGAAGUAAGGUAGCUUCUGUUUAUUUACCGAUUAGACACGAGUUAGAUAAUUUACAGUUUACACCUUCUCUCAACAUGGAUUACAGGAUCACCUACGUUGUCUUUAUACAAAUGUUGACAGCGGCUGUGACAGGAGAGGAGCGCACGUGUCAUUACAAGUUCGGGGCAUAUCAUCCACAAAUAUAUGACAUGUUUACCUGCGCCUGGUGUUACACAUUCUUAUUUCCAAAACGAGGUUUAACAGCACAUCCGGGACAUCCGUUUCUUUUCUUGACGUCAGAGACGGGUAGAAUACAGGCUCGGUUCAAUCCAGACGCUAAGAAUGAGACUGCUAGAGCUGAUAUAUGUCGGACCUUGACUGACGAACAGUGUCAGAGGUGGCAGUCAUGCUGUAACGCCGCGCAUGAGUGUUGUGAGAAACAGCUCUCACUUCCGCCUCCGGAUAAUUCAACCUGCCAAUCUACAUGGGACGGAUAUGGUUGCUGGGAUAAAAAAGCGCCCUCAACAGUCAACUAUAUAAACUGUCCCCUGUACAUGUCCUAUUCCAUCCCAACGCGGCAAGCAGAGAAGGUAUGUCUACCGAAUACUACAUGGCUGAUGAAGAAAGGCAUGUACUGGACGGAUUAUACUCAGUGUUCCAAUUACAAAGAUCUGAAGACCUCACUCUACCUCGGGAUGGGCUGUAGUAUAUUCAGCGUCAUCGUCCUUGUUCCCGCCAUUUAUAUCUUCCUAAGAUAUAAGGCACUUCGCAAGCAGCAUCGGAUACGACUUCAUAUCAACUUCUUCCUGGCGCUUCUUCUGAAGGAGGUGAUGACCAUAUUAUGGGAUAUGUUGGUGACGUAUGACCGUGUAUCGCACGAGGAUGCCUUCAACACCAUACUGGUACAGAACGGGGUGGGAUGUAAGCUGCUGUCGUUCUUCAUGAUCUACUUUAAGUGCACGAGCUUUACGUGGAUGUUCUGUGAAGGAUUUUACCUUCAUCGCCUGAUGAGUGACGCAUUUUCCCCACCGCGGUCUCUUGUCACGCUCUACCUCACCGGUUGGGGUAUCCCGUUACUGUCGUCAACGAUCUACGCUAUAAUCCGUGGUAUAUACGCUAACGAAAGCUGCUGGUCUACAAGCUAUGAAGACAAAGAAUGGAUAUUUUAUGCCCCGAAUUUAGCAUGUCUUAUCGUAAAUUUUAUAUUUUUAUGUAACAUUCUGCGGAUUCUACUCACGCAAUUACAGUCACAUCCUAACGAACCAAGCAAUUUCCGGAAGGCUGUGAAGGCCACCUUUGUUUUAAUCCCAUUGUUUGGUGUCCAACUGUUUGUUACAAUCUAUAGAAUUCCUGUUAACAAACAAGCUGGAUUGGAAUAUGAGAGGUUCUCCUUAUUUUGCAACAAUUUACAGGGAUUCUUCGUCGCCCUGAUAUUCUGCUUCCUGAAUAGCGAGGUAAGCGAGAUCGUGCUGUUCCCCUGCUCGUAUAAACAGACAGAAGUUAUCACUCACUUAAGAAAGACUUGGAGACGAAGAAUCAGAGACCGAUCGCUUGGAGGAUCGAAGCGACUUAACACAACUCUCAAUCAGACUUUAUCAUUUAACAGCGAUACUCUAGAUAGAAAAACGUCUGAUAAACGGAACCGGAAAGAGACUUAUCAAAUGGACGAUAACGUAAACGGCGAGGUCACGUCAAAGGAAACUAGAGGGAAUGACAUCCGAUACAACGCAGUCCCCGUUAGUGAGGAACAGUAUUCAAUGUCUGACACUAAUCAGGGCAAAUGUAUGCUGCAUUGACCAGCAAUCCCCUGUUACAUCAGACUGGUCAAUGUACCGGACACGACGAUAUUAUGGCCGAAAAGAACAUUGUCUGUGACAGAGCUAAAUUAAUUGGUUAUUUCGGCGUCGUGAUUUACACAAGAGCUGCCAUUUUACAAGCUCGCGCCGUGUUAUAUAGAUCUACAUGUCUGACCGCCAGACGUGCAUUCUUAUCUACAGCUCUGCUUCAUUGCCUCAAGUCCAUGCUUCUGUGGUGGGAUAUAUGUGCAUACACAUACAUGUGGCCUGGAAUAAAAGAAAUCUGGUCUAGUGAUUUGAUUGAUAUGUUUUUUGGAAUGUGAUUGAAGGUUUAGAGACUAGCCGCAUAACGUCCAAUUUAUCAUCUUACUUAUUUCAAUGGAUCGUUAAAUAAGUGUUUCUACACUGUAGUUCUAUAUGCAAUUAUGUUGACAUUUUAAUCGACGAGGUGGAGUAUUUCAUUCUUAUACAUGACCUAGUGAGAUACACAACACGGGUUUGAUAAUGACAAUUAUGGUGAAUUUCCAAAUUAAUCAACUUGAUAUAUAACUUAAACACCAAUCGUCUUCACGUCGAUGAAAUUCAAUAUAUUCAAAAAUAUUGAUUUCUUAUUUUGUUUUUAAAUGCAUAAUUUACAAAAGACAGUUGUGUUCCUACCACAUGUUCCAUACUAUGAUGAGUAGAAUGGGUUUUCCAUGGCUGCCGGUAUGACUAUGAGGAAUAAUGAAAUCCGACAGGGAAUAGAUCUGGAACAGCUUAAAUGUUGUCACUCAUCAUCUGACUUUGAUGUGUUCAUUUCUUUUGAACAGCACCUUCCGGUAUUUUUCGAUUAAUUACCGAAUAUAUAACGUAAUAUACAUGUAUGUGCCUGUAUUAUGCUACAGUUGAAGAAAAAAUCAUAAAAACAACGAAAUGUAUUCUUAACGGGAGCCUGGCAAUAUUUGUAUAUUCUAUAAAUUUAGACUUAUUUUAGUGCUUUUCCCUCAGAAAACAUCAUUACGCUCAUUGCAGUUGAUUUGGCUGUAAAAUUUGAGUGUGACAAAUACAUUUACGUUAUUGUACAUCUAAAAUACCAGGUCAGUUUACUGUCUGGUUGUUUAAUCAAUGAUUACUCCUGAAUGUACAGGAGUAUAUUAGUGGUUAGUUUGACAGCUGGACUCCGGAAUUAUCUCGGUUGCCUAAGGAAUGAUUAAUUAUGUUUCUGAAAUGUGAUCGUGGAUUUAUUGUUAAGAAACUACAUACUCAGACAUAGAUCUCGUGUACUCGUCAUGUUAUACCGUCAAACAUACAUACAUGUAAGCGUUUGAUGUUUCGUUUCAGGUAUAGAAGACAAUCAUUGUUGAUAUUAGCAUUAUCUAUAUAUAAAAAGUCCUUCAUACGCUGCUAUAUAAACUGAUAUGUUUUGUUUGUUUGGAUGUAUGUUUCUACUGAAUUAGCAUUCGUCCUUGAAUGUGACGUCAUUCCGAUAUUUGAGAAAGUUUUCUUUUCGAUAUCACACAAUUUUCUGUUUUACACAGCAUGAUACAUGUCCCAGUACAUUCGACCAUACGGAUAUUGAAGUGUAGUUUUUAGCAUUGUUUGGUGAAAAGUAGAUGAACAUACCACAUACAUAUUUAAUUACGUGUGGUUUUUUCGAUAUGGUUAUGUCGUAUCAAGGUCUACGGAGCCACUGUGGUCCAAUGAUAGGACGGAUAGCUUUGUAACCGAAUGGUCACUAGUUCGAGUCCCGGCACGGUAGUCUAGUGGUAGGACGGAGGGCUAUGUAACCGAAGGGUCACUAGUUCGAGUCCAGUCACAGUGGCCUAGUGGUUGGACGGAGGGCUAAGUAACCGAAGGGUCACUAGUACGAGUCCCGGCACGGAAGUCUAGUGGUAGGACGGAGGGCUAUGUAACCGAAGGGUCGCUAGUUCGAGUCCCGUCACGGUAGUCUAGUGGUAGGACGGAUGCUAGUAACCGAAGGGUCACUAGUUCGAGUCCCGUCAUGGGUGCGGUAUUUUAUCCUUACAUAAUAUAUUUCGUUGUGUUCCAGUCAACUCCUUGCUAUAAGGAUACUCGUUAGGGAAGAACAAGUAUGUCGUAUGGAAGUUGUUAGCGCCAAAAUAACAGCUCCGUCUGUAUGCUGCCGAAAGUAGUUUUAAAAUGAAAUUAGCUAGCGUCUAAAAACACAAUACCCACGGCUAAUAAUUGUGAGCAAUAUAUAAUUCAUAAAUGCACAAUACUAUCACACGUUCUGAAUCAUUAGAGUAUUCAUUGUUAUAACUAUGACAGUGGCACUACCUUGACUGUCAUUUCAUGACUAAGUGUCAUCAACUGUCUAUACUUUACUCUUUUGAGGAGAUGUCUCGUAUAAGAUUGCUUAUUCUUAUCCCUAAUUGUAUCUUAACAUUAUAAUAUUCUGAAAUAUUAUGUAUUGCAUAAUGUACAGGACCAAAAUUCGGUACCUGCCAGUAAUUAAAACUGUACAAAACUUAACAAAGAGCCAGCGAUUAACUCGGCGUAGUCUAUCUGCCAUCAACUGUGUGUGCUUGGCUCAUUAACAAAAUCCAUCCGAUGAACGCAUCCCUUCGCUCCUGUCUGUGAUAAAUUAUAACAUCAAUACUUAUGUCGAAGUGUUCUUUUAUAUCAAUAUCCUCAUUUGAUAUACCUAAAUUAUCACAGUGUCAUGAAUGUGAGGAAAUACAUUGGCACAUGUUUAAUUUUACCUGUCAUUACGGGAUUACCUAUACCUGUAUUAUACCAAUCGCCUGACGCUAUCAUGUCGUAAUAGAUAGUUGAUGGGUUGUUUUCACCCGGAAUUAAAACAUAUUGCGUACCUAGUUAUGAAAUUUCCAGAGAACAGUGGGAGUUGUAUCGUUAUUUUCCUUUAAUUGGUAAAUAUCUCACUAAGUUUAAACGUGAACUAAAUAUCCAUCACUGCUAUAUAAAACUGUAUAUAUACAUUAUAUAAAUAUAUAUGAUUUGUUUAAUCCGACCAACUUACGCCAUACGAUAUCAAUACUUAUGUCUGUGAGAUGUCAAGGAGGACAGAAACCCUGAUUACGUAUACAUCUAUUAAUGAUUGUAUGGGUACUGUAACAGGUAGAUUGUCGUAUCAUGGUAUGCGGAUAUGUAAACAGAGUUGUAAUAUGUCUUAUGAUGAUAUAUUCCUUUAUAAAUAUUACGAUAUUUUGUGUAAUAAAAGUCCUGUCGAAAUAAAACAUGAAGAAAAAAAAACCGCU